AUGAAUGCCAGUAAUUUGACUUGUCAGUUCGAGCGAUGCACUGCCUUGAUUCCUGGUGUAGUGGCGGCGUCAGAUGGCGCCACCGAUGACCAAAGAAGGGCGGCACAGAUCGUCUUGGAGUUCGUGAUCUCCUUCUCAGUCUGUUUCUUUGGCAUCUUCAGCAACACCGUGGUCAUCGUGGUGUUCAUAAAGCAAGGGUUCAGGGACAGCACCGCCAUCUCCAUGACGACCGUCUCGCUGUGGGACCUGGUCAAGUGUGUGGCUGGAUUCAUGCAAAGGCUGGAGGGACCUUUAGAGUUGGUGUCCUUGGCCUUGGCUUACAGUUGGACCAACGUCUCCCUUGCCGUCUGCAACUACCUGGUGUCCUUCUCAUGUUACGUCACAAGCGUCCUGGCAGCGUACGUGGCGGUUGAGAGGUGCCUCUGCGUCAUCAUCCCACUCAAGGUCAAGUGGCUGCUGACACCUAAAGUUGCGCUAGCCAGUUGCAUAUCUAUCUCCAUUGUGGUCUUCGGCUGCUUCGUGGUCAUCUUCGGCAUCUAUGACGUCCACUUGAUUUUUGACCCUCACUUCAACACCACCGUGGCCAUCAUAAAAUACAACUCUUUCUCCAACGACAACGUGGCUCUGUUCGGCUACUACAACAUGUCCGGCACUCUCUGGCCAAUGGUCAGUCUCGUUGUUAUUAUCAUCUCUACCGUCAUCAUCUCCUACAAGCUGAAAAAGGCAGCUGAGUUCCGGUACAGAACCAAGACCAUCACAAGAAGUUCAAUGAAGACUAAAUCAAAUCAGAACUUGCAAACCUUUCAAGUUAAAGACAAUCCUCAAUCAAUGGAAAAGUCUGACAAGACUCAGGGAAUCUCAAAACGAGACCAACAGGUCAUCAAAAUGCUUCUAGUGGUGAUCGUAUUUUACAUGGUGAACCUCUUUCCCAGAGUGGGGAACUAUUUAGCCAAGUUCAUCGUCUUCGAUUACUACUACCUGCGGCGAUACAAUAACCUUUUCUCUAUAAUAGCAUACACGGUUUUCGUAUUCGAUUACGUCAACGGAGCUGUCAACGUGAUUAUCUUUUACUUUAUGAGUUCAAGUUUCAGAGAGACGACCAGAAGUUUAUUUGGAUGUCGCACUAACACUUAA